AUGCGGGCCCAGUCCCCCUUGCAGCAGCGAACCUCCCUAGGGGUGGGGGAUCCGCCUUUCUUUUCCUCGGCUUUGGUAUCCAGGGACGAUCAGACUAGAAAAAUACAAGAUGCUGUUUCAAAUGUGGAAAAACAUUUUGGUGAAUUGUGCCAAAUAUUUGCUGGAUAUGUACGUAAAACUGCCAGACUACGAGACAAAGCAGAUCUUCUAGUAAAUGAAAUACGUGCAUAUGCAGCCACAGAGACACCGAACUUAAAAGUUGGACUGAUAAACUUUGCAGAUGAAUUUUCCAGACUUCAGGAUUAUCGCCAGGCAGAGGUUGAGAGGCUUGAAGCCAAGGUUGUUGAACCUCUGAAAAAUUACAGGACCAUAGUGAAACUUAAAAGGGAUGAUCUUAAAGCAACUCUAACAGCAAAGAACCGAGAAGCCAAGCAGUUAUCUCAACUGGAAAAGACACGUCAGCGGAAUCCAUCAGAUCGACACAUUAUUUCACAGGCUGAAAGUGAAUUGCAGAGAGCUUCACUGGAUGCAACUCGAACAACUCAGCAAUUACGGGAAACCAUUGAUAAUUUUGAGAAACAGAAAAUAAAGGACAUAAAAAAUAUAUUUUCCGAAUUUAUAACCAUUGAAAUGUUUUUCCAUGGGAAAGCUUUGGAGAUAUAUACUGCUGCCUACCAAAAUAUCCAAAAUAUUGAUGAAAACGAAGAUUUAAAGGUUUUUUGGAGCUCGCUCUCUCCACCAGACUCUCACUCUCGCUUAGACAUUGUUCGUGCAAAUUCAAAGUCCCCCCUGCAAAGAACUGGCUCCUUAAAAUCUUCACUGAGGACAGUACAGAUUUCCAGCAGCAUGCUAAGAAAAGAUGAAGAAGAAGAGGAGGAAGAUGAAGAGGAGGAGGAGGAGGAGGAGGAAAUAGAUGCUACUAAGAAAGUGACAUAA